ACUUCGUAAAAGGUUUUUUCUUUUACUCACAUCCUCGUUGCAUCAUGGCGACGCCAGGGAAAAAAGCUCCGACUCAAAGUCCAGAACCUGAAAAUGGUCUUUCUGUCGCGUAUCUUGUUGCUUACAAUGUGUUGCAGAUGAUAGGAUGGACACUCUUAAUGUUUAAAUUAGUCUAUCACAUGGCCUUCGAACAAACUGUUGCUGGAUUGUAUGACGAAGUCGCAACUUUCCUGAAUAUUUUUCAAACGGCAGCAAUUUUAGAGAUUCUUCACUGUGCUCUGGGGUUGGUGCGGUCCAAUGUGGUGCUUACAGCCUUCCAGGUGUUCUCCAGAGUUUUUCUCACCUGGGCAAUUACCUACAGUGUUCCAUCGUCUCAAAGUUCAUAUGGGGUCCUCUUGUUUGUAACUGCUUGGACAAUCACGGAAAUCAUCCGAUAUUCAUUCUACUUUUUUACACUACUUGGAGGUGUCCCAUAUCUUAUUGUAUGGUGUCGGUACACCUUCUUCAUUGUCCUGUAUCCCAUAGGAGUAACAGGAGAACUUAUAACUGUCUAUAGCAGUCUAAAAGAAGUCCAUGACAAGAAACUGUAUUACCUUCAACUGCCAAAUGCAGCCAACAUUGCAUUUAACUACUUCUAUUUCCUUGUCUUCUUUAUGAUCAUGUAUAUUCCAGUUUUCCCUCAACUCUACACUCAUAUGCUGGGACAGAGAAGGAAAGUGUUGGGAAAGAUUGAUAAACCCAAGACUCAGUGAACAUGGUGGGAAAUCCAGUGUUUUUAAAUAAAUGCUUUUAUAAAGUGAGGACUGAAUGCACCAUUGAAUAAAUGGAAAAGUAAACAACCUGAA